AUGGACAGAACGACAUCAGCAACUCUGAAUGGGGGACAGCACAGAGACAGACGUGACCUCUGUAAGCGACCCCACUGUCUGUACAAGCAUGUCAAAGACGAGCGAGGAAUGUUUGACAACACCCUGUAUGGAUCACCGGUAACAGCAGCAGCAGGUGUUUGGAAAACUCAUUCCACUUCCAUCAAUGGAGCCCCAAAGGUCAAUGAAGCCAAAGACCCUUGCCUUUUGGAGUUGGAGAGGAUCAACAAAGAAAUCGAGACUGUGAAGAAUGAGGUUGAGAAGGAGCAAAGGAGAUUAUCCCGUUACCAAACUGUGCAGGUGGACAGUGAAAGAACAGGGUCCAAGAAAGUCUUGAUUGCCAAAUCUGAAACACCAGGUAAAGAUCUGAAUGGAAAUAGCGUAAAAUCUUUACACCGGCAGUCCACUACAGUCUAUUCUCCUGCCCGGAGGAAGUAUGUGGUUGACAACUCCAAACCGAGGACUGAUUUGGAAUACGACCCCUUGUCCAACUUCUCAGCUUCUUUGCGAUCUAGUGGUUGUUCUGAGUACAAACAAGGUAAUGAGCAGAAAGUGAGAGGUAGGCAAGGUGCGAAGAGGACUAGAGAGAAUGUUUGUAAGGAGGACCAAACUAAGCCACCUUCUCAAGAGCUCACUGCCUCACCGGCUAGUAGUAACAAGCUAGUUGAUGACUCUGAAGAAGAAGAAGGGGUCCUCAUCAUUGAUAUUCCACCUCUGGAGAGCGACAGAAAGAAGAGUCGGGCUCAGAAGCCCUGUAAGACCACCACAAACCAAUCACAGGAAAUCAAAGAGGAAGUCCACCCUGUUCCUGUUCCUACUGUGGCUCAUGCGCCACUUACUAUUCCACUUCCUGUGUCCACUCCUGGUCCUGAAGUAGUCAAAGUCAUAUCCCCACCUGCAGUGUCUGAGAUUGUGAAAGAUGAUAACCUCAACACUUAUGGCCUAUCUAGUGUUUCUGCUAGUCAGGAAAAUGAAGGUGAACCCAGUGCUGUGAGUGUAUUCGAUGACUUGUCCAAAUGCUUGGAAAACCUGAGGAGUGAAAGUGAGAGAAUAGUUUGUUACCAAGAGGCUGAGGCCACUGCGGAAAGCAACGGUGGCACAGAACCUGUAUCAUCUUUACAGACACUUUACCAUAAUGAUCCAGUUGUUAAGACUGAUGUCAACUUACUGAUGGCAGAGCCUGGAUUGCUUGAACGUGAGCUUGCUUCCAACUGUGUUGAGAACAGUAACCAUCUUCAACCCAAUGAAGUCUUAUAUGAACAUGUAUCUUCACUACCUCAUCAUGUUUUAGUCCCUCCCUCUGUCUCCUCCCCCCAUAAACACCCCAUUGAGACCCAGAGAAGUGAGCAGCCAGCAGCACAGAGCUCUGCUCAGAGUUACUGGUCACCUGUACAAAGUGUAUCAUCAGUGCCAUGUCUUCAGAAAAUCCCAGGCCAAACUCCAGGGCCAGGGCUUGAUUUUGCCCUUCCUAGUCCAGUUCCGGUAGCAAACUUUGUAGAGCAAGCGGCCACUACCGCGGGUAUCACCCAAUGCCAGCUGUUAUAUGGGCCAACUACGUCAGGUACUAAUGGAGUAGAAUUACAAUCUGCUUCUUUUGAACAGCCUACCGUGGAAGCAAUGAAUGAACAAGUUGUUAUUGAUUCAAGUUCUGAGGAGCUUGAGUAUUCUGAGUUAUCUGAUAGUGACACAAUGGAGGAAUGCUAUCGCAUCUUCAUGGAGGAAGCCAACAAGGGUGACGAGGGAUCCACAGACCAGGCUAGUACACCUGUAGGAGCUGUGGACGUGGAGACACCAGGGUUAGCAGUGAAACCCAAACCGUUGCCAGGACCCAGGAAGAGGGUGGCCCAUGUGUCCAGAUAUACUGAGCCGCCAGUGGGCAAAAGCAAAGCCCAGGUGAUAGUUCCUUUCCGAGGAGGAGUCCCCCAGUUGUCCAACCCCUCUAAGAUCCAGCAGCUGCAGCAGAGGGCCUCCGUGUUGUCCGCUGCUCUAAAAGGAGGCCAGGCGUUCAUCUCCUCCAACUCACAGAGAAAAAUGGUGACGCUGGCUUCUCCUGCUCAUCAGGCCAGUCAUCAUGCCACCCAUCAUCCAGUUCAAUACCUCAUUCACCAGCCAACUCAUCACCAUACUACUAUGCAAAAUUCCUAUGUGAACAUCAUACCUGUGGGAACAGCCAUCCAGGUGGGCAACAACCUGCACUUCAUCCUCCCAGAGGGAAGCUACACUCUGCCCAUCACUUCAGCUAAUUGUCCAGUCACCCCAGUCCAAACCCCAGUCCAUACCCCAGUUACCCCUGUUCCUGUACAACCUCAGCCUACUGCCUAUAUCCCUGCUAAGCCCAUUCCUACCAAACGUAAAGCCAAGACGCGUCCUGAGGUCGGCGCCAAAGUCCCACAUGACGUACGGCAGCGCUAUGUAAACCUGUUUGUAGAGGAAUUCCUCAAAACAUCUGUCACUGUACAAGAUGCUUUUGAAAAGGCACUUGCUGAGGAGAAGACUGUGUAUGAUCGCAGCAUCAACAAACUCAAGUAUCUGAGUGUUGCCGUGAACGCACUGAAGAGGCUGAAGAACCAGAGCACAGUCUUUGUCAAAGCUGGAAAUGAAACCAAUGUCCAGAUGUCUAGAGGAAAUAUUCCACUCAAUGAAAAAGCACUUUGGGCAAAUGGAGAUGCUGCAUUGUAUGACAGUUUGAAGGAGCACAUUCUGUCAGAGGAGAUAUUGACGGAGAACAACUAUCCUCUUCAGCACCCAGAAAAAUCAGGCAGUGCCAUACUGUACCGUGAAGACUAUAAGAAGGGAAUCACUGAUCCUUUGAAGAGGAUUUGCUGUCGUUGUGGGGCAACUUACUCUGUGAACCAAGCGGGAAAGCACACUCGCAAGGAGGAGUGCAACUACCACUAUGGGAAAGGAGUUGAGAAGAAGGUUCCAGGUGGAGUGGAAACACGCUAUAGCUGCUGUGAGGGUGUGGCUGGAUGCCCUGGAUGCCAAGUUUUCAAGUUGCAUGUCCAUGAUGCAGUUCGCUUGGAUGGUUUUGUCAGUACCCUUCCUAGGCCUGCCUCUGACAAGAUCUGCCCGGGUGUGUUCUCAAUCGACUGUGAAAUGUGCUACACCACUCAAGGUCUGGAGCUGGCCAGAGUGACUGUUGUCAACUCCAGUUUGCAGGUCAUCUAUGACACCUUUGUGAAACCUGAUAAUGAAGUCAUUGACUACAACACCAGGUUUUCAGGCAUCAAUGAAGCUGAUGUGAAAGGAACAAGCUCGUCCCUACGUGAUGUUCAGGAGACUCUACUGAGCUUUGUCAGUGCAGAGACUAUACUGAUCGGCUACGGCUUGGAAACUGACCUCUGUGCACUGAAGCUGCUCCACGGCACCGUGGUGGACACCUCUGUGUCGUUCCCCCACCGCCUGGGCCUGCCUCAUAAGAUGACCCUUCACAACCUGACAGCAGACUACCUGAGGAGGAUCAUCCAGGAGAGUGUGGGUGGCCAUGACUCGGCAGAAGAUGCUGCUGCCUGUAUGGAGCUCAUGCUGUGGAAGGUCAAAGAAGAUGGCAAAACUAAACGAUGGUGAUCUGAAUAAAACUGGCAUCGCCCACCUUCGUUAUUCAUGAAAUCACAGAGAUGUAUGUUAAAAUGUCACUUAUUUGUAUUAAGGUGAAGUGUUGGCUCAUUUCUUUAAAUGGUGUGGGUAGGCUUGGAGAGGGACUGAAAUUAUAUUUGUUAUGUCAAUUUGUGUUGAUUUAGGUGGAAUUCAUCUUUAACUAUGUUAUGCUUCUCUUAGUCUCUUAUGCCAAUGUAAUUAUUAUUUGGGGAUGCACUCUGAACACUGGGAAAUAAUAAUAUAUUGAAAGUAAAAGCACAGUAAAGAAA